UGCAAUCCAUCUCAAUUCAACUACUUCUCACCGGAAAACAGCUACCGAGAAAACUCUCAGACAAUACGACACCAGUUUCCAAUGUCCACGAGUCCAGGGUGCUGCAGUCCCGUUUCUUCGGUGUCUAUCAAAGUCACUUUUCGGCCCUGAUCUUCCACUUCGCUCUAAGCAGCGCGGAAAGAUGGAAUACCGAAACAAGCUUGUCCUUGCUCCCAUGGUUCGAGUUGGGACGUUACCGUUGAGGCUGUUGGCGGCUGAAUACGGAGCAGAUAUCACCUAUGGGGAAGAGAUUAUCGAUCAUAAGAUGGUCAAGUGCGAGCGCAGAGUUAAUGGUUACCAACUCAUAUGAUGCAAAAAAAUCCAAUUCAAGGAGGUGAUCAUUGAUCUUCAAACUGUUAAAUGAAGCACGGCUUAAGAACGGUAAUCCUUGUAUCAAUACUAGAGACUACUGUCACGGUUUUGCUUCUGCAACUAAUUAGGUUAGAAUACAGUGAUUUGGGAUGAAAAGUAACAACAUUUUUAUUUUUCAUAGUCUCCAUUCCAUCUGAACUGAAUGACCUCGUACAUCAUAUAUCAUGCUGAAAUGUCAAUGUUUACAGCUUGGCUGCCACCGUAAUGACUUGUGCCGUUUGAGUUAGAUAACGCUCUAGAAAGCUAAAUAACAACUCCUGUUUACAGUGGUGAAAGGAAGAACACGAUGAAGAGGAAGCUCACAUAAAACAUUGGAUGUACUGAUUUUGUCGAGAAGGGAACAGAAACAGUUGUUUUCAGAACCUGCCUUCAAGAGAGAAACCAAGUGGUUUUCCAAGUUGGGACCUCAGAUGCAGUCAGGGCUUUGAAUGCUGCUCAACUAGUAUGUAAAGAUGUUGCUGCAAUUGAUGUCAAUAUGGGUUGCCCCAGGUCAUUUUCCAUAAGUGGUGGCAUGGGUGCUGCCCUGCUUAGAAAGCCUGAGCUCAUUGCUGAUAUUUUGACAACACUAAGGAGAAACUUGGACAUUCCAGUCACGUGUAAAAUCAGACUGCUGAAAUGCCCUCAGGAUACGGUUGAACUAGCCAGGCGAAUUGAAAAAACUGGCGUUUCUGCUGUUGCUGUUCAUGGAAGAAAAGUUGCAGAUAGACCAAGGGAUCCUGCUAAGUGGAAUGAGAUUGCAGACAUUGUAGCUGCAUUAUCUAUACCAGUCAUAGCAAAUGGUGAUGUCUUUGAGUAUGGUGAUUUUGAGCGUAUCAAAGUUGCAACAGGUGCCACAUCGGUAAUGGCGGCAAGAGGAGCUCUAUGGAAUGCCUCAAUUUUCUCGCCUGUGGGGAAAUUGGAUUGGGAAGAUGUUAAAAGACAGUAUGUUCGAAAAGUAGAGUAUCCUAUGGGACAAUGACGUGAAAAGCACAAAGCACACUUUGAAGGAAAUGAUAAUGCAUUACUCUUGCCUUGAACUCCCUGAAGGAAAAGAUGUGAUAAAAUCAGAAACAUUGGCAGAUAUAGCGCGACUUUAUGGAGAGGAAAAGUAUUAUCAGUUCGUCAAUGAAAAUAGGACUAUGCUCAAUGGCGGACACAGGGAGGGGAAGUUUAUGGUUGCUCCUGAGAUUUGAUGUCUUUUACCCUUCAUGCUCAUUAUAUGAGUCGCUUAUUAAGAAUUCAUUGUAUCAAGAGUAUACAAUGAAAGCCCAUUUUGACUGUGCACUAACCUCCCAGGAAGAAGGUGAUUAAUGCAUGCCUUUUGUUGGGCCAUUUGUAGUAGUACAUUGACACUGCUGCUGCAUCAUCUGAUUUCUCAACAUUCUGUUUGAAGAACUGCGACGUCAUAAUACAGACUUACAGUCCAGAGGCCAUGUGGGCACUGUUUCGUGCUCAACAUGGUCAUGUUGUCAUACUCUUAUCUCACUGCCAUAUCCAAUGAUUUUAGAACUGACA